AUGGAAAAGCAGCAAACAAAUAUCACUCCAAGAGAAGUCGAGAGCAAUGGAGUAAUAAAAAAAGAAGUACCAUUGGAUAUAUCAAAAAAGGGCCUCACCAGCAUUAGAGCCAUCGUAUUUCUGUUGUUAUGGUAUUUUUUCAGUGGUUGCACACUUUUCCUGAAUAAGUAUAUCCUAACGUAUCAGAAUGGCAAUCCCACAGUUCUAGGUGCUUGUCAGAUGCUUAUGACUGCAACAUGUGGCUUCAUUCAGUUAUAUUUUCCAUGUGGAAUGUACAAACCCUCCCAAAGGUUAAGCAAACCACCAGGUUUUUAUCAACAUAUGGUUCUAGUUGGCUGUUUUAGAUUCAUCACAGUUGUUUUAGGACUAGUAGCAUUGAAUUAUGUUGCUGUUAGUUUCACAGAGACCAUAAAAAGCUCUGCUCCACUUUUCACUGUCUUGAUAUCAAGAUGUCUUUUGGGGGAACAAACUGGUUUGUAUGUGAAUUUAAGUCUUCUUCCUGUGAUGUCUGGGUUGGCUUUAUGUUCAAUAAAUGAAGUUAGUUUUGAGAUGACUGGAUUUGUGGCUGCUAUGGCUACUAAUGUUACUGAGUGUGUACAAAAUGUUUACUCAAAAAUGCUGAUAUCAGGAGAUAAAUUCAAAUAUACGCCUGCUGAACUUCAGUUUUACACCAGUGUUGCCAGCAUUGUUGUUCAAAUUCCAGCCACUCUCCUGAUGGUCGAUUUGACAGCAGGGAAUACCAUAGGAGGCAAACUAGUGUUCUGUUUCAUCCUCAAUGGAAUAUUUUUCCAUUUCCAAAGCAUCACAGCUUACGUGCUCAUGGACUAUAUUAGUCCAGUUACACAUAGUGUGGCCAAUACUGCAAAACGAGCCUUCCUGAUUUGGCUGUCGAUUCUCAUGUUUGGGAAUCCCAUAACUGUUCUCAGCGGACUGGGAACCAUAACUGUGAUAGCUGGUGUUCUGUUGUACAUAAAAGCGCAUGACUACGAUAAUGACAAAAUGAGUUCUGGUAACCUCAUACACAGAAAGGUUAGGGCAAUUUAG